AUGUCAACCACUAAAUCGUGGCUAGACGAGGCCAUUGAAGGUCGGCACAUUAAAUUUGUACCAUUUAAAGAGUUUACGGGAAUAGAAUUUGUAGCAAGAGGAGGAUAUGGCACUAUCAAAAAAGCCACAUGGAGAGCACGAAAAAAGAAAGUUGCGUUAAAAAGUCUAGAGUCGUUAGCAAACUGCGAUGAUGACGAGACUUACAAAGAAUUAGUCAACGAGCUUAAAUUACUCAGAAACUUUGCCGAUGAUGACAGAAUCAUCAGAUUUUAUGGACUAACCAAAGAUCCCUCUUCGUUAGACUACAUCCUCGUAAUGCAAUAUGCGAAUGGUGGUACGCUACGCAACUAUCUUGCAGCAAAUUUUGCCAAACUUACCUGGCAAGAUAAACUACGCCUUGCUAUAGACAUCGCUAGCGCUAUAGACUGUCUUCAUGCGGAAAAUAUUAUUCAUCGAGAUCUUCACAGCAAGAACAUACUCAUCAAUAAUCACCGAGCAGUAAUCGCUGAUCUUGGUCUCUCGCGUCUCGUUACUCCAUCAUACACACCCACUUCCCGUAUUGCUGGCAUGAUUCCAUACAUAGACCCACAGCGGUUGAAUAAUAACAUUACGUCUCGCAGUAAACUGUGCGAUAUCUACAGUUGUGGUGUGUUACUAUGGGAAUUGUCUUCGGGCAAAGUUCCAUUUGCAAAUAAAAGUCACGAUUUAGGGAUGUUUCUCGAUAUAUUCAACGGACUGAGAGAAGUACCCACCCCUGAUACUCCCGUUGAUUAUUAUAAACUUUACAGCGAUUGUUGGUCAUUUGACUUGGGUCAGCGACCACAAUCAACAGAUGUCAUGCUAGAACGAUUAGAGAGAAUCAGGAUGACACCGACAGUGUAUGAUUGCUUUGGAUCUAUGACGGUGGAAAAACCUAACGAGAUUAUGGACCAGAAUACUCUAAAUAGCAGUCAAUUGGUUCCUACUCUACCAGAUUUCGUAAUUCCGUGUAACAUGAACCAGAAAAUCGGCCAGUCAAGAUAUGUGGAAACUACUAGUAUAUCAACGAUACAGGAACAGCAUCAAGAAUUGUCUCUACUCCCGUCUGCGCCAACUCUUGAUGGUUUCAUCGACAUAGAAUGGGGACCGCUCACCUACAUCUCAACCCAAAUUAUCAAACGCUUGGAUCGCAAGCUUCAUUAUCAUCUGUACGACAAAUUAUUUCUUCGACGCAUAACUGAUUUAAUCAUAUCCGGAUCAUUCUCGAAUUUCAUCGAAAUGUCAAGUGAUCCCCCUUCGAACUCGCACAAACAAAAAGUCCUUUCUCAAUUCUUGCGGAUUUGUUCACCGAAGAAUCUCUUGUUUGAUCGAGACAAAAUGGAUACAACAAUGGAGAAUAUUCAUGACCAUGCCGAUGAUGAAUAUUUGUUGGGUAAUCAAUUUCUGGAUGAUCUUCUUUCUUACAUACACGACUCGUUCUUUGCUUUGUUUCCAUGGGCUAGGGUUGCGAUAUGGAAUUCCAAACCUAUGAGAAUGCAAAGCAUGAAUGAGAAAUGGAAAUUGCGACGAAAACGCCAGAUUAUCUCUCCAAAACUACAACGAGGAACUCAUAAUAUCAAUGAUAAUGAUAGCGCAAACGCUCCACACGAUCCCGGAGGAACAUCAAGGACUUACUGUGUAAUGCAACCCUCGACUAGUUUAUCCGAACAGAUCACACAUAACCAUUUUUAUUCAAAGCCAACUUUUGGAGAAAAAUUCAUCAGUGACAAAAGCUCAACACAUCGUGAUCUUGAACCUAAAGGAUCGCCUCCACAAGAGAUUUAA